UUGGGAAUAUUCUUUCGUGUCAAUGGAGAUCCCAUUCCAAUUCCACCCUCCUUAAAUACCAUUGUUGUACAUUACAUCUUUCCUAACUUCUCGUACAAUUUCCAUCUCCUUUCUUUGUCCAAAAUUUCUUCCCCGUUUUCUCUCUUUAUUUUUUCUAAUACAAUGGCUCUUAAAGCCGUUCAUGUUUCUGAUGUUCCCAAUUUAGAUCAAGUCCCUGAGAAACCUUCUCUAGCUCUCUAUUCCACCCGCUUCUCUCAAGGGGUUGAAAUUGGAAGAACAUCGUUCAAGCCAUCGAAUUUUUUAGUCGUUGGCCAUAGAGGGAACGGGAUGAAUUUGUUGCAGUCUUCUGACCGGAGAAUGAAGGCUGUUAAGGAAAAUUCAAUUCUUUCAUUCAAUUCAGCUGCUAAUUACCCCAUCGAUUUUAUCGAGUUUGACGUUCAGGUGACAAAGGAUGAUUGCCCCAUCAUUUUUCACGACAACUUCAUCCUCACUCAAGAAAAUGGUACAAUCUAUGAAAGAAGAGUAACCGAAUUGACGGUUGCUGAAUUUCUUAGCUAUGGACCUCAAAAGGAAGAGAGUGUCACUGGAAAACCUUUACUGAGGAAAACAAAAGAUGGAAAGAUUGUUAGCUGGACAGUUGAAACGGAUGAUUCAGUGUGUACCUUAAAAGAAGCCUUUGAGAAAGUGAACGCUUCUAUUGGCUUCAACAUCGAACUCAAAUUUGAUGACCACAUUGUUUAUGAGCAAGACUACCUCGUCCGCGUUCUUCAAGCCAUUUUACAUGUUAUCUCAGAGCACGCUAAAGGCAGACCAAUUAUCUUCUCAAGUUUCCAGCCUGAUGCUGCUCUGCUUGUCAAGAAACUCCAGACUGCUUACCCUGUAUUUUUCCUCACAAAUGGAGGAACAGAAAUUUACUAUGAUGUUAGAAGGAACUCAUUGGAGGAGGCCACUAAACUGUGUUUAGAGGGUGGUCUUGAAGGGAUUGUUUCAGAAGUCAAAGGAAUCUUUAGGAAUCCAGGAGCAGUUAACAAGAUCAAAGGGUCUAAGCUCUCUCUUAUGACAUAUGGCAAAUUGAAUAACGUGCCUGAAGCUGUGUAUAUGCAACAUCUGAUGGGAAUAGAUGGGGUGAUUGUGGAUUUGGUUCAAGAAAUAACAGAGGCUGUGAGUAACCUAGUGAAGAAGCCUGAGGAGGUUGAAGAUGAGAUUUUGCUGGAAGGGGAGGAGAAAGUUCAAAAUAGACCUCAAUUCUCACAAAGGGAAUUGUCUUUUCUUCUCAAGCUUAUCCCCGAAUUGAUACAAUAACAUGCCUGCUCACUACUUUAUGUUUGUAUUUCUAGUGUGUCAAAACAAAUCAGUCAAAUACCAACAAGGACAUUCCCCAUUUCCCACCUUUUGGUUAUUGUAGAUAGUGUUUUUAAGCCAUAUAACUUGUUUACAAGCGUUAUUGAGUGCUCACCCCUUUCGCUCUGGGAUUGUCAUACUUUAGUGUAGAAAUUUAGGUAUGGCCUUCAACUUUUUCAUUUUUUCCUUUUUUCUUCGUAACCUUUACUACCUCUCGUUCUGUCAUUUUUUCUGGCCAUACCGGGUCCUCUGUAAUCGACUAUUGUACAAUAUCCUUGAACCAGAGAUAAAGAAGCAAAGGUUCCACAUCUAUAGAUGUUA